CCGGGGCCUUUGCAAACAUAGCUGCCACGCGCGAGGAGAUGUCCGCCGCGAAGCUGCCGAUCCCGUACCGCGACAGCUGCGCGCACCUGCUGAUCCCGCUGAACCGCUGCCGUUACGAGGAGUACUACCUUCCGUGGAAGUGCGAGGACGAGCGCCACACCUACGAGAAAUGCCAGUACGAGGAGUUCAAGAAGCGGGUUGCCAAGAUGGACGAGCUGAGGGCGGCGAAGAACGGCGCGAGGAGCAACUGAGCGCAAGAGUGGACGUGGCUGGAGAGAGGGACUGGGCGAGCUAUAUUGAUGGACGGCGGUAUACCUCCGUUUCUUGUCGAAUCGAGCCUCGAGCGGGCGGCUACCUGUAUAUUCCAUCCCGUCUCGGCGGCGCCCCCGAAAAUCAAGACUUCGAUUUCUCUGCGCACAGCGGAAGGCUUUGCAUUCGUUUGUGCUCGCUGAUGAGGAGCAGCAGGCUCGAGAGUUUGACCCCUGACCUCGUCGGUGAAACGAGGCACCGAAAACAUGCAUAUGGAUCAUCGAAGGCCAUGAGGCCGGUAGAUAAGGUCCAAGGAAUUUUUACUUUGACCG